AUGAAAAACAAAACAAAACAACAGCACUGGGAAUACAACAAUAUCCUAUAUAUCCAGACGGAAUUUUGCGAAGAAGGGAGCCUAGACUUGUUCCUGUCACAGGUGGGACUUAAGGCCAGGCUUGAUGAUUUUAGAAUUUGGAAAAUACUGCUUGAGUUGUCGUUGGGCCUCAAACACGUCCAUGAUUCUGGGUUCAUCCACCUGGAUUUGAAGCCGGCGAAUGUUUUGAUAACCUUUGAAGGUGUCCUCAAGAUCGCGGAUUUUGGAAUGGCAAGCCGUUGGCCUGCUGCUGCUGGUAUUGAGGGCGAAGGGGAUCGUGAAUAUAUCGGCCCUGAAGUCCUUAUGGGAUGUUAUGACAAGCCUGCUGAUAUAUUUGCCUUGGGAUUGAUCAUGUUUGAAAUAGCAGGGAACGUGGAGCUGCCCGACAACGGCGUAUCAUGGCAAAAGCUUCGCAACGGCGACAUGAGUGAUGUUCCUAGUUUAACGUGGAGCCUAGAAACUAGCAAAAUACUCCGCGAUGCCUCUGGAAACCCACUCCCCGACAACAAUUGCACCUUUGAGCAGCUGUGUGCAUCCGACUCUGACGAACAACAACACUUUACCGACUCGCACUCUGUCAUUGGACAAAACAGCAUCAAUGGCAAUGACCUUAGCCCAUUUGGUUCCUGUGGAAAGCAACCCUUCUCAUACGUUCGACGCGGAGAGCUCGCUGAGCCUCCAGAUUUUAUGGUCGACGCCACGAAUGAACAGGCGCUAGACACCAUCGUUCGAUGGAUGAUAUCGCCCGAUCCGGCCGAUCGGCCCAUUGCAGACCAAAUUAUCCAAACGUUCGGUGUACAAUGGGCUGAACGGCGGCGCCGAGCUGGAGCUACCAUCUAUGAAGGGAACUGGGGUCCUGCGGAUGAAGUUCUGGCGGAAGAUGCGGAGAUGAUUGACGUUUGA